GGAAGGAUUGGGAGGUUGCACCGUUGAUGGAUUAGAGCUGCGGUAUCUGACUCGCUCUUUUGUUUACCUUAGUUUUCAUUUGUUCUCACGCGCUCAGAGUCAAAUGGACCUCAAGGACAUCUGUCAAACCCAUGUGAAUAUGCAUUUAUAGCAUUCAUGUGACCUGUGAAAACAGUAGAAUUGCCAGUCACUACAUUGGUGGAAGUUUGGAGCGGAAACAUGUUCACCACUACCCAGAUCUCUAAAACCCAGUUCCUGGAUAAAGCCAGGGUGGCAAGGGAGGAGAGGAAGGGCUAUAAGGAGAAAGAGAGAGCGGCCACUCAAAUUCAGGCUUUGGUCAGAAGAUUUCUCUGUCGUUGCAAGCUGCAAAGGGAAAUCAGACAAGAAGUUGAUGAUUUCUUUGCAGCCAGUGAUGCAGUUUCAGCAAAAAGAAAUGCAUUAUCUAUCUUCAAAAUUGCAAGAAAGUUGUUAUUCAUAUUGGGCAAGGAGGAUAAGUUGAGGUUUGAAAAGCUUUGUCGAACCAUACUAAGUAGCAUGGAGGCUGAGAAUGAACCAAAAGUGUGGUAUGUAUCGCUAGCCCUUUCAAAAGACCUCACCAUCCCCUGGCUCAAACAGAUCAAAGAUGUCCUCUGGGUCUCUUGCGAAUUCUUAAAGAAACUGAAGCCCGACAUACUGCAAGAUAAUAAAUUGGUGACUCUCUAUCUGACAAUGCUGAUAACCUUCACAGACACUUCCACAUGGAAAAUCAUUCGAGGGAAAGGCGAAGCCCUCAAGCCUGCCUUAAACAGGAUUUGUGAGAACAUCAUGGGAUAUCUCAAUCAGAAGGGCUUUUACUCUGUAUUACAGAUUCUGCUUACCAACGGUCUGGCAAGAUCUCGACCUUCCCUUUCCAAAGGAACCCUCACAGCCAUUUUUACGCUGUCACUCAGGCCUGUUAUCGCUGCACAUUUCUCAGACAACCUGCUGAGGUCUUUUCUUCUCCACAUCAUGUCCGUUCCAGCUUUCAUCUCGCACCUUAACACACUCACUCCAGAUUGUAUGAUCACUAUCCAGACUCACGAUCUCUUCCGCAAGUUUGUCUUAUUUCUGAGCCGAGAGGAGCAGUGUUUGGAUAUCUGUGUCUGUCUGGAGGGAAGCCACACUCUCUGCUUACUUGGCAACCUCAUUCAGCUGGGAUAUUAUAAUGUAAAAGUCCUGGAGCAGGAAGCAAGUCACUUUGUCAAGGAUCUGAUAGAUAUGCUGUCAUAUUGUCAGAGAUACGUCUUUCAGAAGAAAUCCAACCUCACCCACUGGCAUCCAGUUUUGGGCUGGUUUUCCCAGACUGUUGACUAUGGGCUUAAUGAGUCUAUGCCGCUGGUAACUAAGCAGUUACAGUGUUUAUGGGGCGUGCCUGUGAUCUGCACACUCUUCUGUGAUGUUCUCAGCAAAAAGCUGGAGACGCAAGAACCCACCCCACCGCCCCUACCUCAGACAACCAUGCUACAGAAUAACCUGCCCGUCAAAAAUCUGUUCAAGCGAGCGUUCCAGAAGUCGGCGUCUGUGAGGAACAUACUGAAACCAGUUGGAGGGAAGCGGGUCGACUCGGCGGAGGUCCAGAAGGUGUGCAGUAUAUGUGUGCUGUAUCAGACGGCACUCACCACUCUCACGCAGAUCCGCCUGCAGAUUCUCACAGGACUGACAUAUUUAGAUGAGCUGCUGCCCAAGCUGUGGGCCUUUAUCUGUGAGCUUGGGCCACAGGGUGGCCUGCGACUGUUUAUGGAGUGUCUCAGUAAUGACACAGAGGAGUCUAAACAGCUUCUGGCCAUGUUAAUGCUCUUUUGUGAUUGCUCCAGACAUCUCAUUACGAUUCUGGAUGACAUAGAGGUGUAUGAGGAACAGAUUUCAUUUAAAAUAGAAGAGCUUAUCACCAUCUCCUCUUUCCUCAACACAUUUGUGUUCAAGAUGAUCUGGGAUGGUAUUUUAGAGAAUGCUAAAGGGGAGAAGUUAGAUUUGUUUCAUAGCGUUCAUGGCUGGCUAAUGGUUCUGUACGAGCGAGACUGUCGCAGGAGAUUCACACCUGAAGAUCACUGGCUUCGCAAAGACCUGAAGCCUAGUCUUUUAUUUCAAGAGCUGGAGAAGGGCAAGAAGAGAGCACAGCUGCUACUUCAGUACAUUCCUCAUGUCAUCCCACAUAAAAAUAGGGUGCUGCUGUUCCGUAACAUUGUGACAAAAGAGAAAGAGACUUUAGGAUUGGUUGAGACGAGCUCUGCCUCACCACAUGUUACUCACAUAACUAUUCGUCGCUCGCGCAUGUUGGAGGACGGUUAUGAUCAACUGCGGCGUCUGCCUGUGAACUCCAUUAAAGGAGUGAUUCGAGUGAAGUUUGUGAAUGAUUUGGGAGUGGACGAGGCUGGAAUCGAUCAGGAUGGUGUAUUUAAAGAGUUCUUAGAAGAGAUCAUCAAGAAGGUUUUCAACCCAGCGCUCAACCUAUUUAAGACCACCAGUGGGAAUGAGAGAUUAUACCCCUCCCCAACCUCCAGCAUCCACGAGAACCACCUUCAGCUGUUUGAAUUUGUUGGAAAGAUGCUGGGAAAGGCCAUGUAUGAAGGGAUCGUGGUAGACGUGCCGUUCGCCUCUUUUUUUCUCAGCCAGGUUCUGGGUCACCAUCACAGCACCUUCUAUAGCUCCAUCGAUGAGCUGCCCUCCCUCGACUCCGAGUUCUACAAGAACCUCACUUCCAUAAAGCGUUACGAUGGAGACGUAAGUGACCUGGGCCUAACUUUAUCUUAUGAUGAAGAGGUGAUGGGGCAGUUAGUCUGUCAUGAGCUCAUUCCCGGGGGAAAGACCAUGCCUGUCACUAAUGAAAACAAGAUCAGCUACAUCCACCUGAUGGCUCACUUCCGCAUGCACACCCAGAUCAAAGAGCAGACCGCAGCCUUCAUCCGAGGCUUCCGCAGCAUCAUCAACCACGAGUGGCUUCACAUGUUCUCCACCCCUGAGGUUCAGAGACUUAUCUCUGGAGACAAUGCUGAGAUAGACCUGGAUGAUCUCAAGAAACACACUGUUUACUAUGGAGGUUUCCAUAGCAGCCACCGAGUCAUUCUUUGGCUAUGGGACAUCCUCUCCAGCGAUUUCUCCCCUGAGGAAAGAGCCAUGUUUCUGAAGUUUGUCACCAGCUGCUCAAGACCUCCCCUGCUUGGAUUUGCCUACCUCAAACCCCCUUUCUCCAUCCGCUGUGUGGAAGUAUCGGACGACCAGGACACGGGGGACACUUUAGGCAGCGUCCUUCGUGGCUUCUUCACCAUUCGUAAGAAGGAGCCAGGCGGCCGUCUCCCAACAUCCUCCACUUGCUUCAACCUUCUUAAGCUGCCCAACUACAGCAAGAAGAGCAUCCUCAGAGAUAAACUCCGCUACGCCAUCAGCAUGAAUACAGGCUUUGAACUUUCAUAACCCACAAUGCAACUUAGUGUCCUGGUUCAUCCCACACAUAAACACACACAUACAAACACAUACGUGCAAAGACUGGCAGUCUAUUAAGGUGCCCGCACAUUGGUUGAAGGUUCGGUUUCGAGUAGGAGUCGCACGAACUGGAGAUUCGCUAAGACUGCAAUCCUACUCCAGAGGAACUUUUUGAUCUAUAGGUGAACUUUGUCUUGUCUACCAAACGGCAGGCAAACGAAGUUACUAACCAAUGAAACUGAGCUCAACGUAUCCGGUCACAGACUUUGACCGUAGAAGUAUAUUAUAGAGUACUCACAUUUACUGAUACCGAGCAUUUAGACAGACUCAGAUUUUACUCUUAAAAGAAAGCUCUGACAUUUGAAGUUUUGUAAAAGCUUAGAGAUCCACGUAUUUGAAGUCUAAACGUCUCAUAUAUUUAAGAAACCUGUCAAUCAGAGACUGGAGAGCCCAAUGUGAAUCCAGAAUUCAAACAUUAUUAUUGAUGUUUCAAUGGGAUCUGGCUUCUAAACACUGUCCUUUUGUUGAGGAACACUCCUGAACCUUCUGGAUGAUACAGCGAAAUCUGCAGUGGAUGUACCGGCAUAAGAGCUUCAGAAUUAUGUUCAGUGUUGUCUCUCAGGUCUGCGUGUCUCACUCCCCUGAGAAAGGGAACAGGAAAGCAAUACUAAUGCAACACAAGCCAUGCAACUCAAGACACACUGGAGGCUUUGCCUGUAAUGGUAAAUGCUGUCAAACCCAUAACACAUAUUGCUAAACUUCUGCUGAAGAGUAUCUGAGAAUUGAGGUAAGGACGUCGAGAGGAAACCCAGCACCAUUCAUCGACUUCAGCUAGGAGGUGUGAGUAGUAUGGUGGAUAAAAGAUGUUGAGCAAAGAUGCACAUCUCCAUUACUGUCUUCUAAAUCUCUACAUGGGCUUCAUCAGACUGUUACAUUGCGACAAAAACAGCCCAGUGUUGCUCAAUGUCAUGGUAAAAAAAAUUCUGCUCAUUUAAUCUAAUUGUAAUUAUUUUAAUUCAGCGUUUGAUGCAGGAAAGAAAGUAUUUAACUUCAUGAUUUACUAAUACAGGCACUGAAAUCAUAUAUACACUCAAAAAAAUUUGUUGUUGAAUUAACUUAAUUUUAUUAUGACACCUAUUUCCACACAAUUGAAUUGAUUUAUUCGAAUUUAAGAUUUACUUGUCUGCACAAUUCACCCAGUUUAAGUUCAUCAACUUAUUUUAUUUAAUUUCAGCUGAAUGUAAUUACUUUGUGUUGAGCCAAUUAAAUUUGGAUGCUUCAGUGAUGUAAGCAUGAUGUAAUGUAAGGUGCUAGCAGGAAGCACCAGAUAGAUUACUGCAUGACCACUUACAGAGUAUUUAUUCACUAAGGCUGCAUACAUGAAAAAUGGCAUAAAUGUGCUCGUCCCCAACCUCAGUAAAACCGUUACUCUUUACCACUAUGGUAACCCCUCAAAAAUCACAGACAACAGAAAAUCUUCUACAUUUUAACAUUACGGAACAGUAAACACUAACAAGUCUCCUUAUCUUUCAUCCUGCACAAAAACACAAAUACAAUAACAUUUAAUUUUAAAAUGUACUAUCUAAAUCCAGUCAUAAGGGCAAUGCAUGCUGGGAACUCAGCCCACUGUGUAGUUUCGGUUAGUCAAUGAAAAUGAUUCAUGUUGUCCCAACACAAAUGGAAUAAGUUACGUCAAAGAGUCGCCUAUUUAUGUUAGUAUUAUACAUUUCAAUUGUGUUUGAACAAGAAACACAUACAAAUAUGUUAGAUACAACUAUAUUGAUUAAGUUAAAGAAACAACCUCCAACAAUCAUUUUUUUGAGUGUAGUUGCUCAUUUAAAUUCAAUAGCUUCUCUUGGACUUUUUUAAUUGAAGAAUGAAAGGUUGAACAGGCAGAACACUAAACCGAUAUCAAACUAUGUUUUUGUUUACCAACUCAUCACCUGAUAAACUGCUCUCCCUGUCAUUUCUCGGUAACUCUGGCCAUUGUGUUCUUUAGGUGUAUAUUGGAAUUAAGCCAUACAGUAAAGAUGACUAACUUGCAAACCAGCUCUCGUAUAUUUGAUUUCUUAAAGGGAGAGUGUUUCAUUUUUAUGUGUGCUCAUGUUCCAAGUCUACAAAUACUCUCCCUGUGCAUGAUGUCACUGGAUGAAACCUGUGAUACUUUUAUGGUUAGGGAUCGUUAUAGAAACUCAAUCUAAACUUCUCUCAUUCUUCUCUUCUUUCUCCAAGACCCUGUCUCUAAUGCUGUCAAGAAAUGUCUGGGUCAUAUUUCACCCCAAAAUCAAAAAUGUAAUACCGAAAAGGAAUCUUAUAUAUAUUUGUGAAUCUGAUAAUUGUGGUUCGGAACAGGUUGAUUCCUUACAUAGAUUUUAUUUUAUUCAUGCAAAAUCUACACUUUUUUUUCAAAAUUUUCCCCUUGAUGUUGUGUUAAAUAUACCCCAUACAUUUCUUCGAUUCAACCAUCAUACUUGUUUUCUGUUCUCUUAAGGACAAGUAAACAGCAGCAGAUUACUCCAAAAUGUAAUUUUAUGCAAACCCUCUACGUUGUGUAUUCAGUAUAUGAAAUAUUAUACAAUGCUCCCACAAACAUUAUCUGUCCUCAUCUCCCAACUCCAUUCACUUCUGUUUUGUCAAAUUAAGGUGUGAAAGUACUUUCUUACGUGCAGAGACUUUGUAGAUGUAAAAACUGUGGCUACAAGCUUAUUUUUUAUGCAUCACACUUCAUGUUAAAUUAUAAAUAUUUUGUCCUUUAAAGCACAAGGGCUUUGAUUGUGUCCCAUGCACAGCAGUGUUGAAUUUCAAUGAACUUACUGUACAUUAACAAACCUUUGAAAGAUGUUUUGCAGGUUUUAGGUUGUAAAUGCAAAAAUAAUCACGUUAUGGGCUAUUAAGGUCUUUGGCUGUGUGUAUUGUGAUUUCCUCCCUGACAUGAUGUCACACCUGAAUUUCAUGAUGUCACUGAAUCGUGCUCUCUUUCCCUCUUCCAUGCGAUGAUCCUUGGAGGAGGAUGCAACAACCUUUAAAGCAUCCGAUCAUCUCUCUUUCUUUGCCCGAUGAUGAAGUGUCUUUUGAAUUUGGUUGCACUAUGUGAACUGCAGGUUGUUAUACGCAGUAUAUUACAAAAGCAAUGUCGUUGUAAAGUUAUCCAUGUGUACAGUAAUAUUUCCUCUGUAAAAUGUAAACAUAAAUGUCGAUCAACCAUGUAAACAUUUAAUUAUACAAUCUAAAAAAAAUACUAAAUAAAUGUGUACUGUCGUUUAUUAUCCAGCAAUUCUGUGGCACAUAAAUCACAUAUAUAGGUCCUUUUUCAUGUAAAGGUUUUAUAUAACAUUAAGUCAAUGUCCUCACUUCAUAUCUGAGUACAGAUUGUACUAUUACAAGAAAUUUUCAAAAUAAAUUUCAGUUUAUACUGACAAUUAAACUUUACAUGAAGAUACAGCUUUAAAGUGAUAGUUCACCCAAAAAUGAAAUUUUGGCUUCAUUUACUCACCCUCAGAUUGUUC